AUGGGUUUUUUAGUAGGAUACGUUCUGGGCGUUGCUGUAGGUAUUGGUUUAAUCAUUGGUUUUGCUCGCUACCAAAAUAUCAGAUCCAAGGGCCGUACUGAUUUGGCAGAAGCAAUUGCAGCUUUUGCCAGAAUGACAGUUGAUGAUUCAAGAAAGAUUCUUCCAAAUGAAUUGUACCCUUCUUGGUUAACUUGGCUCAAUCAACAUCUUGAAAAAAUAUGGCCAUAUGUUAAUGAGGCAGCUUCUCAGCUAAUAAGGACCUCUGUAGAGCCAACUCUUGAGGCAUACAGACCUAUAAUUUUUGCUUCUCUUAAAUUUUCCAAGUUGACACUGGGUACCGUGGCUCCAAAAUUCACAGGAGUUUCCAUUAUUGAAGGUGACCCCGGGGAAAUAAUUAUGGAGUUGGAGUUGCAGUGGGAUGGGAAUCCCAAUAUUGGACUUGAUGUUAAAACCAGAGUUGGCGUGGGACUACCAGUACAGGUCAAAAAUAUUGCAUUUACUGGGGUUUUCAGGAUAAUAUUCAAACCACUAGUCGAUGAAUUUCCCUGUUUUGGAGCUGUUUGUUAUUCGUUAAGAGAAAAGAAAAAUCUAGAUUUUACCCUCAAAGUUGUUGGCGGCGAUGUAUCAGCAAUUCCCGGAAUAUCUGACGCCCUUGAGGGAACAAUACGAGAUGCAAUUGAAGAUUCUAUCACCUGGCCAGUCCGUAAAAUCAUACCCAUAUUACCAGGAGAUUAUAGGCACGAUGUGUCUCUGUACGAAGGAACCACAUUGUACACCGCGACACCAGAGUUUCCAAGCGCUGACAUGAUGUGCCUCCGUUCUCGUGUACAGAGACACACUGUCGGUCCCUUAGCAGCGUACCUCCGUGCACGUGGACGGAGGCACGACGUGCCUCCGUUCUCGUGCAUGGAGGCACGGUCUCACUACCUUAGCAGCGUGCCUCUGUGCACGCGGGUGGAGGCACGGCGUGCCUCCAUUCUCCUGCACUGA